UUCAAAGACCUCCUCAGUAGCAGCAUAGCACUGACCACCUUUAAACUCACGCCUGCGUUAACGUAUACGCUAUACGCCAAUUCACUCAACCAAGCAACCCAGCCUCACGUCAAUGCCUUCCAGGAGCCUGAGCCUCCACCGCCUCUACCUACGUAUGAUAGAAGGCCUCCUUCCGCACCCUGACAACUCACAUACAGUUCUGCUGUUACCUUUAGACCUAUCAGCUUGAAUCGAUGACAACGACAACGAUCCCGUGUAGGUCCGUCGAAGGAAUUCCGGAUCCAGCACUUUGAUUGACUGAAGAAGGCUUCUUGCAUCUCAGGCAAGGCCCCGCCGGAUCGCAUCAACCUUGUUGGCCCGACUUACUCUCACCACCAGAAUCCCCCUAGUCAAGAGUGCUUGCUUGGGUGGCUUUCUUUCUGUUUUAUCGAUUACCGCUAGGACUUGGACCACUUUCCCCUACUUCUAACUCCACUCCCUCGAGUCUUGUGUCUUGUGAUCCAUUCACUCGGGAUUGAGUCCAAAACCAGUGGAAGGAGCCUUUUGAAUGCUUCAGCAUCAUGUCGGGGCAAAAUUACGGAUACGAGGAUAACACUUGGGAGGAUAACUCGUACCAGAAUGGAGCUGGGUAUGAUGGGGGCGAGACCUACCAACUCCAGGAACAAGGGGGGUACGAUGAAGGCGUGGAUGGAGUGUACGAAGCCCAGGGACCACCCACUGCCAGCCAAAGGGACAUCAUGACCAGUCUAUUCCGGAGUGAGGAAAUGGCCUUGAGUCAACUCUUUCUACAGUCUGAGGCCGCUUACGCGUGUGUGUCCGAACUAGGCGAGCUUGGCUUGGUGCAAUUCCGCGAUCUCAAUCCGGACACGAACGCCUUUCAGCGGAAGUUUGUCAAUGAAGUGCGACGCUGCGAUGAAAUGGAGCGGAAACUGCGUUUUCUGGAGAAGGAAAUCAAGAAGGACGACAUUCCCAUGAUGGAUUCCCCCGACACCCCGGAUGCACCCCAACCUCGGGAGAUGAUUGAUCUUGAAGCCACUUUCGAGAAACUGGAGCACGAGCUUCAAGAGGUCAAUCAGAACGCCGAGCAAUUGAAGAAGAAUUUCCUGGAGCUGACCGAGUUGAAACACAUCCUUCGGAAGACUCAGCAGUUCUUCGAAGAGCAAGAUCAACUCGAUCCGCAAGUGGGUCAACACCAGCAACUGAUCCCAGAUGAGGGCGGGGCCACCGGUUCGCUCCAGCUCGGUUUUGUGGCGGGCGUGAUUCUCCGAGAACGCCUACCGGCCUUUGAGCGCAUGUUAUGGCGUGCUUGUCGCGGGAACGUUUUCCUCCGACAAGCUGAGAUCGAAGAUGCCCUUGAGGACCCGCAAGCGGGAGAUGAAGUGCUCAAGUCUGUGUUCGUCAUCUUCUUCCAAGGCGAGCAACUCAAAUCUCGAGUCAAGAAGAUCUGCGAAGGCUUCCGAGCCACCUUGUACCCGUGUCCGGAUCAAGCCGCAGAUCGCCGUGAAAUGGCCGUGGGCGUCAUGCAGAGAUUGGAGGACCUCAACACGGUCCUUGGACAAACCAACGAUCACCGUCAUCGCGUUUUAGUGGCAGCCGCCAAAAACAUCAAGGUCUGGUUCGUCAAGGUCCGCAAGAUCAAGGCCAUCUACCACACUCUGAACAUGUUCAAUCUAGACGUGACGCAAAAGUGUCUGAUUGCGGAAUGCUGGAUCCCGACCGCCGACAUCGAGGCCAUUCAAUUGGCCUUGCGAAGAGGCACGGAGAAGUCCGGGUCCUCUGUGGCGCCCAUUCUGAACCAAAUGACCACCAAAGAGUCCCCACCGACUUUCUUCCGGACGAACAAGUUCACUUCGGCUUUUCAAGCCAUGAUCAAUGCCUACGGUGUGGCCACUUAUCGUGAAACCAACCCCGCCGUAUACACCAUUAUCACGUUCCCGUUCUUGUUCAGUGUGAUGUUUGGCGAUCUGGGUCAUGGAAUCAUCGUGCUCUGCUUUGGUGUGUGGAUGUGUCUGAAAGAGAAGCAAUUGGCCGCACGGAAGAUCGACUCCGAGAUCUGGCGGAUCUUCUUCGCAGGUCGAUAUCUCAUCACUCUCAUGAGUUUCUUCUCGAUCUACGCCGGUCUGCUGUACAACGAUGUCUUCUCCAAGUCAUUGAACAUCUUUGGCUCGUCAUGGCACGCCUAUCAGCCCUCGAGCACGAUCAUGGCCGAGGAGAGCGACAUGAUCAGUCCGGCCGAGCCCAAAGGCUGGUACGGCACGCCCUAUCCAUUCGGCGUGGAUCCGAUUUGGCAAGUGGCAGAGAACAAGAUCGUGUUUUUGAACGCUUUCAAGAUGAAGCUCUCGAUCAUUCUGGGCGUGAUCCACAUGGUGUUCGGAGUGAUCAUGUCCUACGGGAACCACAAGUACUUCAACAAGCCCUUGAACAUCAUCACCGAGUUCAUUCCGCAGGUCAUCUUUCUGUGCAGCAUGUUCGGUUAUCUGGCUCUUCUCAUGUUCCACAAGUGGACCACCUACUACGCCAACAACAAACCCGAGGACUUUGCCAUAUCUGAGCGCUGCGCACCCAGCAUCCUGAUCACGUUCAUCAACAUGGUCUUGUUCAAGCCCAACGAGGUCACCGAAGAGGGCUGUGAGCCCAAUAUGUACGCCGGACAGGGCUUCAUUCAAAAGCUGCUCAUCUUUGUGGCCUUGUUGUGCGUUCCGGUGAUGUUGUUCGCCAAACCUUUAGUCCUGCGCAAAGAGGCCAAGGCCAAGGCCGCCCAAGGCCCUCGGAUGGACGUGAAUGGUGGAGGAGCGGCUGGAGGGCAUGACGGCACGUCUGAGGCUCCUUUCGAUUUUGGCGAGACGAUGAUCUUGCAAGGCAUUCAUACCAUUGAGUAUGUCUUGGGAUCGGUGUCGCACACCGCCUCCUAUCUACGGCUGUGGGCGUUGUCACUGGCUCACGCCCAACUCUCAGAGGUACUCUGGAACAUGGUCCUAAGAAUUGGUCUCAGUGUGGAUCAAUGGUAUGGAGGAGUGAUUCUGUGGGGCAUCUUCUCGUUUUGGGCGGUCUGCACCGUUGGUAUCCUCUGCCUAAUGGAAGGACUUUCGGCCUUCUUGCAUACUCUUCGUCUUCAUUGGGUCGAGUUCCAGUCAAAGUUCUACAAAGGAGAUGGUUAUCUCUUCAUUCCAUUCUCAUUUGAGGCCAUUUUAGAACAAGCCGAAAAUGAGGAUUGAGCUUUGAUGUUAAUGCCCUAGGCCUCUUUUACUGUUAAUGCCCCUUCAAUUCUUUACAUGCCUACCUACCUUAAGAUUAGAUUGCUCGGUUUUAUGCUCAUUGUCAAAGCCCGUGGUCAUCUGUAUUGCGGGUUUGGAAGAAGACCCCUUCAAUUUGACAAUUUGAGUGCGUAGUAAUUACACUUAGAACGUUUGAACCAGUCAUGAAAUUGUAAGCUCUUCUACUCCCACCAAUCUAUGAACUGACUGUAGAUGUUAUGAACUUUUUAUUGUUUGUCGCUGCUGAUUAAAGAGCUUUGAAGUUGAA